AUGAAAGAGUUUAUCAAACACCUGGAAGAUUUGAAACUGUUAACAACGGAUACUCAACUACACAAGGCUGAUGAAAUAUGGGGUAAACUGCAUGUAUUGAUACCGGAAUUGAUAAAACAUGGCUACAAAUUUAAAGAUAUAGUGCAGCACUUACAGAGUAUUGGACUGCAAGAUAUCAUAACCAAGUAUUUGGAGUAUAAUCGACCCAGUUUACAGAUCAAAGUAAUGGAGUUUGCUGCAGUAUUUGCGAGUAUGGUGUACUAUAAUCAUGAGUUCAAAGUAUCACAUCGACUAAGCAACCAACUUGCACAACUCAUACAAUCAUCAAACCGUCAAGUCAAAAUGAUGGCAAGUCAUGAUUGA